AUGACGAAGGCAAUGCCAUAUCUUUCUGCUGUUCAACAAGCGCUGGCAGAUUUUUGCGCUCGCACCCACAACGAUCCUCACAUGGCAUCAACCCCCACACCUUCCUUUUCCUCCUUUGUUAGUACGACUUCAUCCAAAGACACCGCCCUCAAUGAAGAUGAAGAUGAUAACUGUCUCGUGAACCCCCAUACGCCGCCCGCAUCCGAGCAGCUCUUCACUACCCAUCACACAGAGUUUGGUUACUGUGCGAAUGAGACCUAUCGUUAUGUCUCUAAGCAUGACUACACUAAGCCAUUCCAGGAUCACGCCAUUGAGAAGCCCCCGUUCUAUAUUUACUUCACUACCUACAUAAGCCUCCUCAUUCUCUACCUGUUGGGUCAUUUGCGCGACUUCUUUGGAAAGCAUUUUGUCAAGUCUAAUUUCACCUACCUUAUGCCCCAUAAUGGUUACGCGCCGUUAAAAUCGGAUUUUGAUAUUUUCCUUCGACGGGUCAAGCAUCGCAUAGAUGACUGUUAUAGCCAACCUAUCACAGGUGUCCCUGGCCGCACUGUUCUUCUCCUCGACCGUUACUCCCCUGAUUACAAUUAUACCCAGAUCUGCACCGGUGGCAUGACACGCGCAUUGAACAUCUCAUCCUACAACUACCUUGCCUUUUCGCAAGGCCGCGGCAGCUGGGCAGAUGCAGUCACGGAGAGUGUCCGCCGAUACGGCAUCUCCAGCUGCGGUACACGUCUUGACAGUGGGAGCAACGAUCUUCAUGCGUCCGCAGAAGCCCUUAUUGCACAUUUUUUGGGUACGGAAGACGCGUUGCUCUGUUCUAUAGGCUUCGCCACCAACUCCACUUUCAUCCCUGGACUCGUGGGGAAGGGGUCCCUCAUCCUUUCCGACGAGCUGAAUCACACUAGUAUUCGCAUCGGUGCACGACAGAGUGGCGCAUAUGUCCGGAUGUUCAAGAACAAUGAUAUGUCAAGCCUCGAGUCCCUCCUGCGUGAGAUGAUAAGUCAAGGCCAGCCCAAGACGCAUCGUGCGUGGAAGAAAAUUCUGGUCAUUGUCGAGGGUUUGUACUCCAUGGAGGGGACGCUUGUGAACCUCCCUAGGAUUGUCGAGCUGAAGCAGAAGUACAAAUUCUACCUCUACAUUGAUGAGGCGCACUCUAUUGGUUCGCUCGGUUCUCGGGGACGGGGUGUGACGGACUACUUUGACAUCCCUCCUGGUUCAAUUGAUGUUCUGAUGGGCACGUUUAGCAAGGGUUUCGGUGCUGCUGGAGGAUACAUCUCAGGGCCAAAAUCCCUGAUCGAUGCUCUUCGCCUGCGUAGUCAUUCGGGUCCGUAUGCGGAAGCCAUAGCGCCAUCCGUGAUCGCACAGGUUGUUGUGUCAAUGGCUAGCAUUAUAGGUAUUACUCCUGCAGGACAACCCACCAAAUCCACGCCUUUCCUCAGCCCUGAUAACUCAAUUGUCGCGCCGAAGGAAAGUGCAGAGGAGCUCCUAGGAAUGGGGCCUGCAAGCAUGCUGCCGAUGUGGAUGAAACUUUGUCCAUCCCUCGCGGAUGGGUCUGAAGCUCGCAUGCGUAUGCGCCGUCUUGCCUUCAACUGCCGCUAUCUCCACGCGGGCCUCAAAAAACUUGGCUUCAUCGUCUAUGGACAUCCCUCCAGCCCGAUCGUUCCUCUGCUUAUCUUUAACCCGGGAAAAUUGCCCAUGUUCGUGCGUAUGAUGCGUGCGCGCCCCAUACCGAUCGCUGUCGUUGUCAUAGCGUAUCCCGCCACUGCGCUUCAUACGGGUCGUGCGCGGCUCUGUCCUAGCGCAUCGCACACGAAGGAGGAUAUCGAUACCGUGUUGCGGGCGUGCGACGAGGUGGGUGGCAUUCUGGACAUGAAAUAUAGCUCAUGCGAGCGGUGGGGAAUUGAUGAAGUCUGUGAGCGCGCAGUGGAGCUUGUGCACUCUGUGUGA